GCUGCAGUUACAGGUCUGGCUGUGUGGGGGCGAUAGAGUGCCUAGUUUCCGCCACAACGAGGAAGAAAACCGGCGCUGAUUUUGAACUUUAGUGGUAUGUGUAAAGUUUUGCAAAUAGGUGUGGUUUUGCUGGAGCUGGCGUGGUGAAUAAAUAGUCAGACUUCUCUUUAUGACAUCGGGUACAAUAACAUUACAUGUCAACCGCCUUCUUACAGUAAAAAUAUCGCACAGCUGCAGUAAGAAGACACGAUGGGGUCGUCUGUGGUGAAUCUGUACAGCCAGUUCCAGAGUCUCAGAGCCCAGGUGGAUGGUCUGAAUGACAGCAUUGAACCACAGUUCCUCCAGGUGGCAGUGAACUUUGAGGAGUGCCGUAAGAAGUGGCUGCGGGCAGGUGAGGAGCUGGUUUCCUGUAAAGAGAUGCUGGCUAAAGCAGAGACUGAGAGGGGAGCCCUGGAGGUCAAACUAAAGCAUGCUCGCAACCAGGUGGAUGUGGAGAUCCGCCGACGGCAGAAGGCUGAGGCAGUCCAUGAGAAGCUGGAACGUCAGCUGCAGCUGAUCCGGGAGCUGCUGCUUUCAGAGAACAACAGUAAUAGCUUCCACCUGAGCGAGGAGCAGCGUUCAGCACUGGCCUUCCUCAGUGCCCACUCCCAGGCAGCACAGACUGCUAAAAGCAACCCCAACUCCAGUCGAAGGUUAACAACUAUCGAUGAAUCCAUUUCUUUGCUGUCAGACAUCAGCUAUGACCAAACGGACGACUCUCUGGACUGGGAUUCCUCUGUGAUGAAGAAUGUGAGACUGCGGAAGCGCCAGAAACGACGUUCCUCUAGAAAACUGGCUGAGGUUCCUCCCCAGGCUGUGAAGAAACCUCGCUCCACUGGACGCUCCUCAGAUAGGAUGAAUGAGUCUAUUGUGGCCAAAACUACCAUCACUGUGCCUGUCAGUGGUGGUGCUGUGGAGGCCGUCUCCACCAUUGAAGCGGUGCCUUACUGGACACGCAGCCGAAAGAAGAGUGUUGCUCCAGCCUGGGGUGAUACAACCACAACUGACCAGUCUGAGACUGCCAGUGAGGCUCCCAGCACAGCAGUUGCAGAUUUUCCAGCCCAACUCCAAACCCCCAGAGCUAAUGGCAGAGCAAAGAAACACCACUUCAUCUCUAAAACUGUAAUCAAGUCUGAGUUCUGUGUGCCAUGUGGAAAGAGGACAAAGUUUGGCAAGAUGUACCUUCGUUGCCAGGAUUGCAGGGUUGUGACCCAUCCAGAGUGUCGUGAACGCUGUCCCUUGCCCUGUAAUCCCACAGCUGUUGGCACUCCCAUCAAGACCACAGAGGCCACCCUGGCUGACUUUGCUCCCGUCACUGCUCCAAAGAUCCCAGCGUUGGUUAUCUACUGCAUUAAGGAGAUUGAGCACAGAGGCCUUCAUGAGGUUGGCCUGUACAGAGUGUCUGGUCACGAGCGCUUGGUGAAAGAGCUGAAGGAAAAGCUGGUUAGAGGGAAGACUCUGCCUCCGCUUAACAAAGUAGAAGAUAUAAACGUCAUUGCAGGUGUUCUCAAAGACUUCUUAAGAAACCUUCCAGAGCCACUGCUCACUUUCCACCUCAACAAAGAUUUUAUGGAAGCAGCUGAAAUCCAGGAUGAUGACAACAGUAUGGCCAUGUUGUACCAGACCAUCAGUGGGCUGCCUCAACCUAACCGAGACACUCUGGCCUGCCUGAUGAUUCAUCUGCAGAAGGUGUCUCAGAGUGUGGAUACCAAGAUGGGUGUCAACAACUUGGCCAAAGUGUUUGGUCCUACCCUCGUGGGUCAUGCUGUUCCUGACCCAGACCCUAUGACCAUUCUGCACGACACCAGUAGACAACCAAGGGUUAUAGAGCGCUUGCUCAGUAUUCCAGCAAGGUACUGGUGCCAGUUUGCCUAUCCAGAUAAUGGAGCCAUGGACAAUGGUCACCACACUGACACUCCAGACCACAAAGUGAGCAUACUGGGACCACUGACCACUCCAGAACAACAGAUGAUGGCCAAAACCCCUUCCUCUAGCUCGUUGUCCCAGCGCAUGAUGCAGACGCUGUCCAGCACCACUAUAUUUGGGAGCAAGAGCAAAGCCUCCGCUGCCUCUAACUGCCAGGGCAACUUCUUCGCUUCUCCACAGCUGAAGUAAGAACCAAGGAGGAAUAAAAGCUCACCCAUAUUCUGAACUACUGUGCAAUUUUGACAUGUAAAAACUUUAUCAUUGCUUUUUAUUUAAGUAUUUCAGCUAAGAAUUUCUAACUACAUUUUGUCUUUUAAAAGAUUGCUGCAUGAGUGUGUGGGGUUUUUUUUUUUUAUAGCUUUGAUUACUAAUGAUUUGUUAUUGACCAAAACUGUAGUCUCCUAAGUAACCGUAAGAGGUUUAACGGUUUUUAAUGACCGACCAACCAUUCUAAAUCAAUUCAAGGAUCAUUAUUUUCUAAAAAACUUGGCAUUGAUGUGCAUAAGCUGUGUAGUCACUGGUGUUUGUCCGUGUUUGGACUUGUGGUUGUAACCACAGCAACGGCAAUACACGAGCACACAAUACUCAGUUUGAUUGGACUAAGAUAAAAGAACUUGUAAACUGGCCAAUGUUCCUGUUUUUUGGUCAUGUAGACUGCCAUCUGUUUCCAUCUGCUGAUUCAACAUUUUGUUUUAUAUUUAUGUUGAGCGGACCAUAUGACAUAAGAAUCAUGACAUAUACUUUAACAGUACUGAAAUGUAAACAUUGACACUGAAUGGGAGUAAUUUGGCACUGUAUCUAUGCAAGAAUCUAGUUAAUGUAUUUUCUACCUGGGAAUAAGUGCCACUAGAGGCUGCUCUUACACCACUUUUAAUAUGCAAGCUUUAACCACUGUUGAGGAUCUACUCUAAAUUAUGCACAUGUCAGUAUUACUGACACUCCUUAUAUUAUGAUCACAUCAUUAGAAAUGCUGUUACAUUCUCCACACUACUUUUCUGGUAGUUACCAGUAAUGCAGGAGAAGUCUCUCUCUACUGCUCUCACACUCUCACUAUUGCAAGCAGAUAUCAGUGUGACGGUGACACCGGUUCAAGUGGUAUUUGUGGUGAAAUUUGCAUGUUGACAAAGUGACAGUAUUUUAUCCUUAAAAGCAAACCUUGCUGUGUUUUGCAUACCGAUAAGAAAUGUGCAUAGGUUGCUAGACUCAAACACUGCCUGGUUUUAUAUGUAUUUCAUAGUCUUGUACACUGAUUCCAUUAUAUGGUUGUAUUUCUUCAGUGAAAUAUUGUCUAACUAAUAUAGUUUUUACCAGUGAUCUUGAAUGUUAACAGCCCUCUGUUUUAGCUCAAGUAAGAAAAUCUCAUAGCUGGUAUGACAGCUACUGAAGAAUCUUCAGGAUGGUGCUUUGAGUAGAUGAUUAUGGGGUGUGAUUCCAGCCAGAGAAUCAUGGGAAAUCUUGGUCUAGUCCCUCAAUAAACCAUCCAAAAGCCAUUCUUGCUGUGUCGUAUGUACAUUUGGAUGUG